AUGGUCAAAUUCAGCCUGUGGCAGCUCCGUCGCGAGAUCAAAUCGAUGAACAAAAGUAUCAGUUACUGCAUGAAGCGCCUUAAGUCCCAUUGCAAUAAACAGCAAAAGCUUAUUCAGCACUUGAACGCUGAAAUUACGGUGUACGAAGUUCUCGCGGCCCGAUUUGCGGUACCUCUAGGGAGCGACAAAACCCUUGACCAAGUCGAGGCUUUGAACAAGGAGUGCCUCAAACAACACCGCGUGAUAAUAAAUUUUAGAGCGAGACUCAAGGCUUUGCAAAAAGAAACCAUCGCCAUGCGACAUGAGUUGAUCGUGCAUGCCGCGAUACACGCGGCGAAAAUCCGAAAUAUCGGGGCGCGCCAGCGAGCCAUUGAAGCCUGGCGUAUUUGA